UUUGCUUUCUCUUCCUUUUCUAUUUAAUACUCCAAUUUUACUUUCCUGGGGAAAGACUGGACUCAGUGUACAAUCUUUCCAAUCUUUCCACACAGUUCUUCUCUGCAUGCUGAGGAAGAUGCACGCUGCCAGGUGGCCGCUCCUUUUUACCCUGUGCCUCACAUGUGUGUCUUCAAAUGAUGAAAAAUCUUGUGGGGAUUCAGAAGACUUCUGUGAGAAGCUCAGUCUAUCCGUUUCAAUUGGCACGUCUGCGUUACUACCAUGCACCGCUCGACCAACCAGCUCCAAGUGGGUGACAUGGAGCCACGCUGCCACAGAGCAGGCAGAGAUGGUCCAGCUUUCAUCUGAAGGGCAUGUUAAGUUCCUGGACCCCAGAAAUGGUCGAGUCAAAGUCUUUCCAAACCAGCAAAGAGAUGGGAACUACUCCAUCAGAAUCGAUAAGCUUGAAAUAUCUGACCUAGGAUGUUACCGCUGUGGGUGGCAGUGUCUUCAAGUGCAAGUGAUGGAAAGUCGUGCAAGUACCGCCGACAUGUGGCCAGUCAUUUACAUCUGUAUUGGUGUGGCUGCACUCCUUCUGAUGGUUGUUGUCAGCUUCUACAUCUACUGGAAAUGCAUAGUUUGCAGUAAAAACAAAUCACAGGACAGUGCAGAGAUUCCCACCAUUGCAGAUCCCAGUGCUCCACCUAUGCCAGCAAUCAACGUACCAGUAGGUGUACAUGUGCGUGUACAACAGGCACCAGGAGCCUACGGUAAUAAUCUCGUCUACGAAAAUGAUAACCUGCGCCCAGCAAGUGCAGAACCCCCCAGAAAUCACUAUGAUUUACAUGGAGCUGUGCAGUAUCUGGACAGUAUUCAGCCUCAACAGCCCGGUCAAAGCAGCGGUGGGAUUUAUCCAAACUUGGAUCAGUUUCACUUUGAAAGGGUGGAAAGUCACAGAACCAGACAGAGAUUUCAUUUAGAGCUUUUCAGCAGAUUACGGCAAGCAAGUCUCAGUCGGCAUUAUUACGUUAACCAACGCGAUCUCCGCAAGCAACACGCCACGUCAAAGCAGGCGGGCAAUCAAAAGAGAGUUGGCCACGAGAGGAAGAAAAACAAAGACAACUGUGAAUACAAUAACCCGAUUUACAACACGAGCACAGACCAGCUCAACCGGCUGUAGAGAAUAAAGGACAGAGAUUUAAACUCCUUCCACAGUGAGGAUUACUGAUUUGUUUAUUUUAUUUCUUUGAAGUGAUCCAUGUCUUAUUGUAUUUGUUUGUAGUAUCACUGCACUUAUUUCACUCCCUGUACUGUUCUUGUUUCUGAACUGUUGUUAUGCUCUUUUACUAAAAUCAUCAUUUAUGGAUCUUCACAUAUAAUAUAUUUGCAGUCUGAAUGUACACACAUUCAGAGAUGUGUGUUACUUAAACUUAAUAAAAGAACCUGUAUGUACUAAAUUUGGUUUGACUUUUAUCACUGCAUGUUAAAGCAGAUCUACGGUGCUUUCACUGUCAGCGCUUGUACCUUCUGUCAUAGUAACAAUGAGAUUGCAUUGAUCUGGAUCCCAACUUUUCACUAUGUCACCAAGAAUUGCUGCAUCAUUGUGAAAACUAUUGCUAAGUAAAUAAAAGAGUGGCAGA